CCGAAAUCCAGAAAACCGUCGGAGGAGAUUGAAAUCGCGUCUAUCAUAGUAGAACACAUUGAAUACGAACUACUGUUUUCCACUUUGCCGUUCCCUGAACCGGUGGCCGGAGUCGGAAUUUAUCAAAAGAAAGAAAGGAAAUUCAAGGGCGAGAUGGGAAAGAGGAAGAGGGAUUUUUCUUUUAGGCCUUUUUUUAGAAGUGAAAUUACAGCGUUUGGUGGAAUGGAUAGUUUCAGUAGAUUACCUGAUGAACUUGUUUUGCACAUUCUCUCAUUCCUUCCCAUGGAAGAAGUAGUCCGUACCUCAGUAUUGUCAAGAAGGUGGAGAUACCUCUAUGCUUCAAUUUCUAAUGUUGUUCUUGAUUUUCAUGGCGAAACAUACAAUCGGAUUAUUGGUUUGAUGAAUAUUGCGGAUAGACUAUUCUAUUACCGUAACAGAUGCCCCAUAGAUAAGUUUCAACUCAGUUGGCCAGAAUCAAAACAUCUUGACCCUUUGCGCCUUGAGGGUUGGAUAAAGGUUGUAAUCUGCAAUGGUGUUCGAGAGGUUGAUAUAUCGAUUUAUGCAUUUCAUUUGAAAGAGCUGUUGCUUCCAAGUAGUCUGUUUACUUGUGAGACAUUGGUGGUUCUGAAAUUGAACAUUUCCCGCAAGUUUGAUGGCUCUGGUUUAGAACUGCCUGCCAAUGUCCGUCUCCCAUCUCUUAAGUUCCUUCACCUAUCGGAAAUUACCUUUUCGAAUGUUGAUUCUUGGAAUAGGCUAUUCUCUAACUGCCCUGUCCUUGAGGAUUUGUACUUCAGUUUCACUGGUGGUCACUGCAAAUUGAGUGUUUUUCAUCCUAAACUCAAGAGGCUGACCCUAUUGUGUGUUGCCACUGAUUGGCUAUAUGGCGGUAUUGAGAUUGUGAUUACUGCUCCAAGUCUUGUCUACUUGGCAUGCACUGUCAAUGAUGCAGACUCUAUUAUAUUUGUAAAUAUCCAGUGCCUUGUUAAAGCCAAUAUUGAAUUUUCAAGGCUUAUUGGCAACAAGGAGCGUUACACUCGUGUUGCAACUGAUCUGAUGGGAGGGAUAAGCAACAUUCAGACACUUUGGAUAACUGGUUUUACUCUAAGCAUUCUCAAGUUGUUAAGUGUUCCAAUCCCUGUGUUUCAUAAAAUGACUCAUUUGACAAUUUUUUUUGGUGAAUCUUACGUGAAUAAACUACCAUAUCUACUUGAACGUUGUGAAUCUUUAGAAACCCUUGUUCUGCAGAAUAAGUGUUAUUGGGAUCUCGCUGCCUGGAGCUUGCUAGAGGCGUCUAAAAUCAGUUGUUUUUCAUCAUGCCUGAAGACAAUCAAAAUUUUGUCAUUUAAUGGCUACGCAGAUGAAAUGGAAAUCGUGAAGUUUUUUCUCAAUAGUGCAAGAGUUCUAGGGAGCAUGGAAAUUCAUAUUCAUGCAAAUUAUGAAGCACUACCGGAGAUCAUUGAAAGGUUACUGAUGCUACCAAGAGUUUCAAAAGAAUGCAAUGUUACUGUUUUCCAGGCCCAUGCUAUGGUGGAUAAGAGCUCUUUUUGUGCCCAUUGCUUAGAUUGGAAGGUGAGAGAGUCAAGUAGCUGAUCAUGUUGUCAUGGUUUGGGUUAGGUGGAACAUCUCAACAUUGCUCUGUGAGAGCCCGUCAUUGAAUAUCAAAUUUCCUUCGGUAAACUUUUUUUGUUCAUUGCUUGAUUUGGAUUGCAUUCUUACUUUAAACUUAGCCUAUGAAAACCCAAUUGCUUCACAGAGGGUAAAUGAGCCAAUGUGAUUCUUUAUUUUAAUUGAAAAAAAUAAAAAAAUAACACACAC